GGGAAUCAAGCAGUGGGCCCUAGCUGGACCGUUCCACUUGAACUCGAAAGUCUUAAAACCCUUCUUCUCUAAACCCUUCAUCUGUCGUUGCCCGAACUGGCUUCCCCUUCUCCUUUCAGUUGCCUUCCUGACCUGCCAAAACCGAAAUCGACUGAGAUGUGGAAGGUGUAUGUUGGAAAUCUGGAUUCCCGCAUCACGGAAAGGGAAUUAGCGGACGAGUUUCGCGUUUACGGUGUUGUGAGAAGUUUUGCUCUCAGUGUAUGGGUUGCACGGAAUCCUCCUGGUUAUGCAUUCAUUGAGUUUGAUGAUCGUCGGGAUGCAGAUGAUGCUAUUUCUGCAUUAGAUGGAAAACAUGGAUGGCGAGUAGAGAUGUCUCGGAAUUAUGGAAGUGGUCGCAGCAGCCGUGGUAGGGACAGCAAUGAAGUGAGAUGCUAUGACUGUGGUGGGACUGGACAUUUUGCUCGAGAAUGUCGCUCUGGAGGUUCAAGAAGUUCAUACAGGCGCAGCCCGAGUCCACAUUACAGAUCGGGCAGCCGCAGACGCAGCCCUCCAAGAAGCGAGCGUGACUACAGCAGAUCUCCUCGGCGUGAUAGGAAGGGUUCAUACACCAAUGGGAGUCCAGACAAAGAUCGAUGGGGCUACACAGAUUGACAAGAAACCAAGUGACCCAAUGCAGAUUGAGAGCAAGCAGCCGUCCCACUGUCAGAUUAACUUCAAUUUUUUGAAGUAUAUAAGUCUCCUCUUACCCAUCUUUACAAAGAAACUCAUACAUAACCAUCAUCUUAGGAAACCACGAGAUCCUCUAAACUGUCUUGCAGUUGUGGGAGCUUUUAAACCUAUUUUGGUUUCUAUAUACCCUUUUAUUUGAAAAACUAAUUGAGGCUGCACAAAAGUAUUUGGAUUUGAUUUUUACCUUA